CAGACUUUGUCCAGUCCCAGGCAAUUUUCCUUAUUUAUAAUUUUAGCUUAAGUAAUAAAACCUUUUUGUGAAAUUAGUGCUCUAGUGUUGCUAGACUACGAAGUGCUUUUAGUGGUUUUAUUAAGUGAUUUCGAAGCCUUUUGUAUUGGAAAAUAAUGUUAUGUAGGAUUGUGCAUGUAGUUGUCAAUAUCAGAUUUCUUUGUUGCUAGUACUUUAGAAAUUGAUCCAGACAAUAGCUAAAAUCCCAUGAUCAAUAUAGGGCCAUGGGAAACGGAACACAAUGUGUUUUCCCAUAAAUGUAAGGUAUCUACACUUGAGGCUACUCAGUCGUUUCGUAUUGAGGAAGCGGUUAGCAGCGCGCGCGCAGAAAAAGUAUAAAAAGUUCGGCAAACUCAAGGUGUCAUGGCGAAAACGCUGAUAUGGUGUCUAUUCCACUUCUACGUCCUCGGUGUCAUUUCGCCACAAAGGCUGGAUCUCAAAUACACGAACUAUACAAAAAUAUGCAAAGGUGAACUUAUCAAGACCCUCUCGGACUUAAAAACCUUAGAUGGAUGUGUCGUCGUCGUGGGAAGCGUAGAAAUAUUCAUAGAGAAAGUCAAUAAGGAUAGUUUUCCCAAUGUGACUUUUUGGGAUUUAAGAGAGAUAACAGAAUACUUAAUCAUAUAUCGUGUGAGAGGCCUUAAAUCUGUGGGACAACUAUUCCCAAAUCUUACCAGAAUAAGAGGAAUUAAGUUACUGAACAAUUUUGCAUUGAUUGUGUAUGACAAUUCACAUCUUUUAGAGAUUGGCCUCUAUAGUCUCCUAAAAAUUGAUAGAGGAGGGGUCACUAUGUGGGCACUGCCUCAAGCCUGUUUUGUGGAGACCAUUGACUGGAAGGCCUUGGCUCCUAAAGCUAGACACGUGAUCAGUCCUCUUGAAAAGCCGUCAGACAGCGUCACUUGCAGGAUACCCUGUACUUGUUCAAGAAAUCCUUCGUUGAACCACUGUUGGAAUAAUAUAAAAUGCCAGUUAUUCCCAGAUGGACCCGAAGCCGACAAAUGCAACGAGCAAUGCUUGGGCUGCCGCAAAACUAAUAAGAACGCAUGUUUUGUGUGCCGACACUACACGUAUAAGGGAACUUGCGUGUCGAAGUGUCCUCCAGAUUCGAUCCUUCUACCCGACAGCCAAUACUGCAUAACUGAAGAAGAAUGCCAUGGACUGGAUCGAUGGGUAUUCAACAAUACCUGUGUCGCACACUGUCCAGUCGACUAUAAGCAGAAUAAUAAAACGACACCUACUACUUGUAUACCGUGCACUCAUUGUGGAAUUACAUGCGGAGACCUUAAAAUCCAGUCAUUAAGUUCCAUUCAAACGGCAGAAAGAUGUGUUUACAUUAACGGGUCUCUGACAAUACAUUUGAGGACAACACCAGGUGCAGUGAACGAAUUAAGGAAAUACCUACGACAAAUAGAAGUAGUCUCUCAUUAUGUAGCCGUUGAAAGUUCAGAUAUAACUGCACUAGACUUUCUGCCAUCACUAAGAUUAAUAAAAGGGGAGAAAUUGAAGGAUGGCAAAUACAGUGUUGACGUCAAUCACAAUAACAAUCUACAAACUUUAUUUAUUGCAAAUGUUACCAAAAACCUCCAAAUACUGAAUGGGACCGCCAGGUUUGACCAGAAUCCUAUCCUGUGUAUGUCGAAAAUUGAUGAAAUCAAACACUUGGUUCCUAUUAAGCCGAAUAAUGUAGACAUCCCCGUGGGCUCCAACGGGUAUCGUGGAGCAUGUAAAGAAGUCUCUUUUCACUUUGAUAUAACUCCGUCCAAUGAAUCAUCGGUAUUGAUUAAAUUUUCUCCGGUCUCCAAUCAUAGCAUACACUAUUCUGCGCUAUACGUACGUUUACCUCCCGGAGUUCAAACGUCGGUAGUUCCUGAAACUUGUAGCGAGUUUGAAUGGCACGCUACCGAUGUCCCAACAGUAUUUGAUAAUAACUACGGACUGGUUCAAUUGAAUGCAUUACAACCUGCUUCUUCAUAUGCUCUGUGCAUUGAAAUUUACGAUCCUGAUCCUGAAAACCAAUUAUUGGUUAGAAGCAAUAUAUUCAAUUUCACAACGCCAGUAGGAAUUCCUGAGCCGCCUUUUAUCGUAGAAUUAGUUGCGUCUGCCUCAGACGUCGUUGUAAUGCGAUGGGUUGACCACAAAAAUUAUGUGCGUCACAUUGAUUACUACGAACUAGAUGUGGCCUUGAUAGAUACGUAUUCCAGGAAAUCAGCUUCAGUAGACUAUUGUCACUACAGAGAAGAUUGGUUUGACGUUGACUACACCCGUCAUGCUUUAGUUAGGAGGCCACCUCCAGAAUAUACAAAAAGUUGUGAAUCUAUGUGUGGAAUACUCUCGUCUGUGACUCCGGGAGCUCUGGUGGAGGAGUACUUCAACGUCUGCGAUGACGUCAAUUUUGUUUGCGACAACCAAGAAAGUACAAUUUCAAGCAAUUCUAGUUUUGGCAACUACGUGCGAACUUUAACUUUGUUAAACAUUAGUAGCCCGAGAAACGACUUCCAAGUUGGAGGGCUAGCACCCUAUAGUGACUAUAAGUUUAGAUUAAGAGCUUGUUCUCGUGGACAUUGCAGCAGAUCAGCAAAAGGUGUAGUGAGAACAUUCCUUUUAAAAAAUGCCGACAUACCUUCUAUAGUGUACCUGCAUGCAAACCAAUUCGGUCAUAUUUUUGUGAGGUGGAAUGCUCCAAAUGUCACGAACGGCCCCAUAUUAUCUUAUUUCGUUGAAGUUUUGCCUAGAAUAAAUAUAAAUAAUCUGAUGCCUCAAUCUUGGUGCGUAUCAGCUGAAGAGAGAAGAAUCUUCGUGCAAUCUGUGAUAGUGUCAAAUUAUUUGGUAAGAGUGUGUGUAAAAACUCUCGCUUCCAGUAAAUCUUGUAGCGAGUGGAGCAAAAUUGUCGCCGUCACUGAAUCGAAGACAAUUUUGCUUUGGAUCGGCGCGACUUGUGGGAUUUUGAUAUACAUCGCGUCGUGUGUAGUGGGGUGGUUUAAGAGGAGAAUGAGUUAUCGCAGCGAUGUAGUGCCGCUAGUCGAUAGUUCGUCUUCGUCACGUGUCGAGAGCGAGCCACCAGCCUUGAUGCUAUCAGAUUUCGUGCCAUUUCAUACGAUACCUUUAGAUUAAUGUUGUAUUGUGAUACUACUGUAAAGAUCAAUGAAACUAUAGGCUCAUUAAUUUCGUGGAAAAUCAUGAAUACACAUUUCAGACUGAAUUAUUUGGUGUUCUACAAUUUGGCGGAUCGUCAAAAAAGUUAAUAUUCGCCUAAACGUCCAUUACAUUUUUAUGAUGAUAGUUUUAAUUAAAUUGGUUCCAUGUUAUGUACGGAACACUCGCGUCUGUGAAAGUUAUAAUUCGAAAAGCUUUGCUAAUAUUCUGUUAUUAAUUUUAAUGAAGUAAACGUUUGACUUUUACCUGUAUGGAGUGUUGUUGUGGAAAUAAACAGGAUUUAAUAAUUAAAUA